CUCAACUCGCUGUGCACGCGCGUGGUACCCGCGGUCGUGAGGAGGAGGACGAUGUUGCGCGUGAAGGGGAAAUGGCUGCCGAAAACAAGCCGGAAGGAUUGAAGAAAGUUCGAAAUCCGGAUCGAAUGUACAGAACAGCAGUGUGUUAUGCUGGCCAUGGUCCACCUAAGAGUAUCAGUGAUGACACAGAGAUGAACAAUGAACAUGGACAUUUGAAAAUAUACCUGCCCAAAAAGCUGCUUGAAUGUCUACCCAAAUGCUCCUCGCUGCCAAAGGAGAGACAUCGCUGGAACACUAAUGAGGAGAUCGCAGCCUACUUGAUAACGUUUGAGAAGCAUGAGGAGUGGCUAACAACGUCCCCUAAAACAAGGUAAGAGGCUGACACCCAUACAACCCCGAU